AUGGAACAAGGAAAUCAAAGCAUGGUGACAGAAUUCAUCUUGAUUGGAUUUUCCAGUUUCCCAGACCUGCAGGUCCCUCUGUUUGUGGUGUUCUCCAUCAUGUACUUGGCCAUUUUGGCUGGAAAUAUCAUCAUUAUUGCUACAAUAAGGCGCGAGUCCAGCCUCCACAUCCCCAUGUAUUUCUUCCUUGCCAUGCUCUCCAGUUCAGAAACCUGCUACACUUGCACCAUCAUCCCCAAUAUGCUUGUAAAUCUUCUAAAAGAGAAAGCAACUAUUUCAUUCAUCGGUUGCACUGUUCAGAUGUAUACAUUCUUGGGCUUUGCAUGUACAAAUUGUCUGCUUCUCGUAGUGAUGGGAUAUGACCGAUAUGCUUGCAUAUGUAAACCUUUACGUUAUCCAGUUUUGAUGGAUCAGAGACUCUGUACUAAACUGGUGGUCUUUUCAGCAAUAGGUGGUUUUUUAAUUUCAGAAAUCUAUUCAUUUUCUGUGUUUUCCUUGCCGUACUGUGGACCAAAUAAAAUAAAUCAUUUCCUUUGUGAUAUAGCACCUUUGCUUGAGCUGGCCUGUGCCCGAAAUUAUAUAGGAGAAAUUCUCAUUUUUCUUUUUUCUUUUUUAGUGAUAGUUUUCUCAUUUCUCCUGAUCCUCCUUUCAUAUAUUCUAAUCUUAAAUACAGUCCUGAAAAUCCCCACAGCAGAGGGCAAGCGCAAGGCCUUUUCAACUUGCUCCUCUCAUCUCAUUGUUGUGGUUGUGCAUUUUGGAUGUGCUUCCAUUGUUUACCUGAGGCCCCGAUCCAGAAACGCUUUGAAUGAGGACAUGUUUAUCUCUGUCACAUACACCCUGGUGACUCCAUUGCUGAAUCCUGUCGUUUACAGCCUGAGGAACAAGGAUGUCCAAGCAGCACUCAAAAAAUCCCUGGGCAGAAGCGCAUGUGAACGGAAGAUGUGA